AUGAAGAAAACAGUCAAACAGAAAGUAAAGAUGUUAGGAGCAUUAGAAUUGGAUCGUCAAAUGAAAAGAUAAUUGGAAUCCACUAAUUAUUCAAUAUUAUAGAAUUUUGAUGUAUUUCAACACCCAUAUUGCAGUAUUUUCGAUCUCUUUUAGGAAGAUCUCAUAAAAAUUAUUCUGAAGUUGAAUAAUUGAAGAAAUUCUUAUAGCAAAUACCAUAUUUAAAGGAAAUUACAGAAGGAAUGUCAAUAAGAUUGAUUGAGAAGAUCAUACAUCAAUUAACAUUAUAAUUCCUACCUGCAAAUAGUUAAUGUGAUUCUUAAUUUCAAAUCAUCUUAAGUGGAGAAAUCCAAAUAGGCUAAAGAACAUUUGUUUAAACAGAUACUAUAAAUGAAGUUGGUUCAGUUAUAAGAGAUUCUUGGGUUCUAAUACUAAAUAAUGAAGGAUACAAUGAACUUAUUAGAGAAUACCAUGAAAAUCUGUUAGCUUAGAAAUUACAUCUUAUAUAAUAAUAUUCUGUUUUUAAUAAAAUAAGCAUUUAAAGAUUAAAAAAUCAAUUAGAUCAAUUCAAAUAAGAUUAAGCUAUUAAUAAUACAAUUUUAUAUUAGGAAAAACAAUUAGCUGAUUCAUUUUACUUAAUAGUGUAAGGAGAAAUCAAAUUAAUAUAAUAAGAUAUAGAAUUAUAAUUAUUGGGACCUAAAUGUGUUUUUGGAGAAAUGGAAUUUGUGGAAGGUAAUGAAUUUAGAUUGCACAAAGCAAUUGUUACUUAACAUAUUACUUAUUAUAGAAUUGGAUAUCAUCAAUUAAAGAUUCUCUUAAAUUCUAGUUGUAUGUAUGAAACAUUUUGUUAGAAUUAUCAUAUUAAAGCAUAAUUUUGGAAGACAAGAAUGUAAUAAUGUAAAAAAGAAGUUAUUAUAUCUAUUGAUUAUUCUGAAUUUAAACAUGAUAUUCCUAAGACAUAUCAUAAUUAUCUCCCAGCAUCUAAAUUAUUAAAAUAUGCAAAGUAGAAUACAUCUAAUCAUAUUGAUGAUUAAAAAGAAACUAAAGAAGAUAAAAUACUUGAAUCAUACAAAUAAUUUAAUCAUUAAAUCAAAUUAAAUUUUAAACAUAAUCAUUUAUUGAGAAAAGUAUUGAUUUAAGCAAAGUAAACUAAACAUGAUUUACCUAUUAUGAAAGGAUUACAAUUAGAAAAGUAUUUACCUAAAAAUCAUUUUACUCAUAAAAAGUCAUUGAAUAUAAUUAGUCAAUUUAAUGAAACCAUAUAUCAAAGGUUUAUUUCAGAUGUAGAAUCAUAUCCAACAACAACUACUUUUGUUAAAGGAUCUCGAUUAUUUAGUGCAGCAAGUAGAUUAUAAUCUCCUGUCAGUAGAUUAUAAUCAGCAGCACCAAAAUUAUUUACAAGUCCUUAAAAAUUAUAAUAAUAAUAAUUUAGACCAAUAACAGGAAUAAAAAGAUCUAUUAGUAGUUAAUGA